UUAAACGAAACGAAUAAAUCUACUGCAGUAAAUUACUGUUCAAGUGUUUGUUUCUGACACCUUCGAUUUUCUUGCGUUUUGAUUUCAGCCUAUGCCGUAGAUUUAAUAUUUCACACUUCGAUCUUGACAAGGAGUCCUCACCAUGGCCCUGUCAAGCCGAGAUUUGGAAGACCUGAAACCUCUGGUGAACGAGACGGUGAAAUCUUUCAUGGGUUUCACCGAUCCCACCAUUGUGACCACUGCCCUGAAUUGCCUGGGGAAAGGUUACGACAAAAGGAAGACCAUUGAUAAUUUGUCGCAGAUUUUGGACAGCGGCCAGGCUGCUAGCCUUGCAGAAAAAGUUCAUUACCUGUACGAUGACUUCCGGAACAGCGGAAGAGCUGUCAAGAAAAGACGCAGGGAUAUGGAGAUGGAGGAGAACAUGAAGCGCCGGCGUUUCAUCGACGAGAUUGAGAUCACUGAGAUGUCGACCGUGGUGGAGCCUGUGGCGCCCCCUAAGCCCAAGAACACACUGCCCAACCUGGUGCCUCCCGGGUCGCAGUUGACCCCGGAUAAGAUUCAAGAGAUGAUGAUGAACGCUCAGAAAAUGAUCCAGGAGAGGAAAGCCCAGCUCAAGGCCACGCUGCCCACCCCGCCCACGGCCCCUGCCCCCUCAGCCCCGCUCCCCCCACCCCCGAAGCCGGCAGCGCCGCCCUUGAUGCAGAACCAGCAGCAGCAGCAGCAGCCGGCGGAGGAUGCGCUCAGCAAGGCCAAGAGGGCGGCCGAGCUACAGGCACAGAUCCAGGCGCGGCUCAGCGGGCUGGCCGGAGCGCUCCCACCACCGCUCAUCCCGGGGCUGCAGGGCUCGCAGACGCCCGUGGUGAAACCACCGCAGCAGGCACAGCCUCUCGCUGGGCCAUCACCUUUGAUUUUGAAUGCGGAAGGAAAAACGAUCGACGCAAAAACAGGGGAGGCUAUCCAGCUCACGCAGUACACCCCGACGUUAAAGGCAAACAUCCGAGCGAAACGACUGGAGCAAUUCAAAGGUCUGAUAGAGAGACCGCCAGAGGAGAUGAGCGACAGCAAGUUCUUUGAUUCCAGAGUAGCGAUGAAGGGUCUCCAACGGCAGCGUCGCGGCUUCAAGUUCCACGAGAAGGGAAAGUUUGAGCAGCAAGCCUCAAGGCUCAGAGCUAAGGCCCAGCUGGAGAGACUGCAGACAGAGAUAGCACAGGCAGCCAAGAAGACUGGAAUCGCCUCUGCUGCCAAAAUUGCCACGAUUACGCCCAAGAAAGAAAUUAAAGAAGGCGAGGUCCCUGAUGUGGAAUGGUGGGAUACGUUCAUCAUGAGAGGAGGAACAUACGAUGUCGUUCCGUCCUCUGGAGGCAUCCCGACGUCGGUGCUGGACGGGGUGACCAGCCUGGUGGAACAUCCCAUACAGAUCGCCGCCCCGGUGGAGGUGAAGAACGAGGCAGCCAUCCCCGUCUACCUGACCAAGGGGGAGCGGAAGAAGCUGCGACGCCAGAACCGCCGAGAGGCCGAGAAGGAGCUACAGGAGAAAAUUCGACUGGGUUUGGCCCCGCCCAUGGAGCCGAAAGUUCGGAUGGCCAACCUGAUGAGAGUGCUGGGCACGGAGGCUGUACAAGACCCCACCAAAGUGGAGGCCCACGUCCGGGCACAGAUGGCCAAGCGACAGAGAGCCCACGAGGAGGCUAACGCCGCUCGCAAGCUGACGGUGGAACAACGCCGGGACAAGAAGAUUGGCAAACUGAAGGAGAGUGUGGAGGAUGGGGUACAUGUGUCUGUGUACAGAGUGCGUGACUUAAGUGACCCCGCCCUCAAGUUCAAGGUGGAGACGAACGCCUCUCAGCUGUACAUGACCGGGAUGACCAUCCUGUACAAGGACUGCAACGUGGUGGUGGUGGAGGGAGGUCCAAAGCAACAACGCAAGUUCCGUCGGCUGAUGCUGCAUCGUAUAAAGUGGGCGGAGUCACAUCGAAGGACAAAAGACGCAGAAGACUCAGAUGAGGAAGGCAGCGUAGACAAAACCAACAGAUGUGUUCUGGUGUGGGAGGGUACAGUCAAGACAAGAGCCUGUGGAGAGAUGAAGUUCAGGAACUGUCCGACGGAGACGUUUGCCCGGGAACAGAUGAAGAAACAGGGAGUGGAGCACUACUGGGAUCUGGCUUAUUCAGGGGCUGUGUUGGAGACUGCUGGGGAGGAGGAUAGCUAGUGUGUGUGUGUGUGUG